AUGAGUCGUCGCACUUUUCACGACCUCUUCUUGCCGUCUUUUUACUUGCGGAGCAUGCAGAAGACAAACAUGAUGAAGGCGACUCUUUUGUGGAUGAUGCUCCUUCAUGGAGGAUCGGACGCUAACAAGUCGGAGAUCACGUCUCUCAUGCAGUGGCCGGCGGAAUUAAGCCCGCUUCGUAAAGGCGACUCUUUUACCCUCCAUUGCUGGCUACUAUUCGACCACGACAAGCUCACGUGUCCAGAGGAGCGUCGCGUCUACUGGCUGAGAUUUGGACCUCGCUCCGGUUUCAUCCAAGCUGAAGGAACGUCGACAGAAGAUUGCGACGAGACGCACAAUCCCAAAGGAUGCUUGUAUGCGCUUUUCACUACUGUUAACGAUGUCUCCGAUUACGCCACCUACUACUGUGCGCUGGCCGCCUGUGGCAACAUCCUGUUUGGAAGUGGAACAAAAGUGGACUUUCAAGCGUGUUUUUACCCACAGAGCGACAAAGACGCUUAUCUGAACACCACUGUGGUUUUUACCACGAUGGAAACAGGAACGAGGGACGCGGUGGAGAGACGGAGGGUUCACGCCGACAAAAAGACUCACGACUCGCUUGCAGACUAUGUAAAUGUUUGAAAAGACAUAUUUGGUAUUUCACAGUGGUAUACUGUAAGUGAAGAAAGCAACAUGUUUUGGGACUAAACAUCUUUGUGGAAAUAAAAUAAUGCCAGUGCCU